UUCAACGAACAAGCAUUUUUUUAAAAUUAAUUUAAGCUCAGCGUUUCUUUGUUGUUACUUAUUUAGGACGAUGUGAAACAGAUCCUCUUGGGUCUCUCUCUCCUCUCUGUUUUCAUCUCUCAGAUGAUCACUGUGAAACAGUGGUAGAAAAAAAAAAGGACAAGGAAGGAGAAAAAAUUACAGUCACCUGAUCUCGAGGUCUUUUUGUUGAUCAGUUGAUAAAAAAGGGAGCUUUCUUUUAGGAAUAAUCAUCAGGCCAUGGCGGUUGUUGAGAAUGCUUCGAAUCAGGAUGCUGCUGCCGCAGCAGUAGCAUCAAAUGAUCAGGAUCAGUCAAAGCAAAACCAUGUUCGGUCAAGAAUCGAUCCGAGCUUACACCAGAACGAUCAAGGGUUGUACAACAAGAUCGGUGGUCCCCAUCCUCUAUCCAACGGCGGAGAUUUUCAGAGGAGCAAUGUUGGUGGUGGAGAUGAAGUUGGGGAUAGCUUCAAGAGAGACAUGAGAGAGUUGGAAGAACUGUUCUCUAAACUUAACCCUAUGGCUGAAGAGUUCGUGCCUCACUCACUUGUUAACCAGGGACUUGAUGGAGGGCUUUACACUAACUAUAUUUUUUUGCGUAACAACAAUAACAUCUCAAGGGAUGGACAUGCUCAUGGCAAUGGUGCUGGUAGGCGGAAGAAAAAUUUCAGUCAGGGGAAACGGAGAUUGAACAGCAGGACAAGUAUGGCCCAGAGGGAAGAGAUUAUCCGUAGAACUGUUUAUGUUUCUGAUGUUGACCAACAGGUCACUGAAGAGCAGCUUGCAGGUUUAUUUGUGAGUUGUGGACAGGUGGUUGACUGCCGCAUAUGUGGUGAUCCUACUUCUGUACUUCGUUUUGCCUUUAUUGAGUUCACUGACGAAGAAGGUGCACGAACUGCUCUGAAUCUGGCAGGGACUAUGCUUGGAUUCUACCCAGUUAAGGUGCUGCCUUCAAAAACAGCUAUUGCACCAGUUAACCCAACAUUUUUGCCGAGGAAUGAAGAUGAACGCCAAAUGUGUGCAAGAACUAUCUACUGUACUAACAUUGACAAGAAGGUUACUCAAGCUGAUGUUAAACUCUUUUUUGAAACAGUCUGUGGGGAGGUUUAUCGCCUGAGGUUGCUGGGGGACUACCAUCAUUCAACUCGCAUUGCUUUUGUCGAGUUUGUAAUGGCUGAAAGUGCAAUUGCUGCUCUCAACUGUAGUGGUGUGGUUCUGGGAUCAUUGCCCAUAAGGGUAAGCCCAUCAAAGACCCCAGUUCGGCCUCGCACUCCUCGCAUUCCCAUGCACUAAAUCAUCUUGGCGAACUGAUUUUAGUACCAGUUUAUAUAUAUAUAUAUAUAUUUAAAAUACAUAUACACACCCAUGUAAAGAUGUUUCCCAUGUUGAUGGUCUGCCUGGUUUAUAUAUAUUGUCCUCUGCUGCUGUGCUUGGGAUCAUUGUUACCA